AGGCCAGGGGUCAACUGCACGGCGAGGGUAUGGAAGUGACCGUGAUGCAGGCGGAGGACAUGCCUAGUCAGCCGGUGCUCGCAGUGCGGGCGGGGCUCGCGAGGCGGCAGGGCAAGCUGGAGCUCGGGAAGCCCUUCAUGGUCGCCCGCCCGAACUCCGAGAACAACACCGUCGAGGUGACCCUCUUCCAGCAGCUGGCGAGCCAGACGCUCCCCGGCGGGCCGGAGGUUCUCUGCAGCGUCCCCGUGCGAAGACCGGACGGGGCUGCGUCGCAGGUCAAGCUUCGCGUCAGACGAGUCGAGUGCGCGGCGGACACCAACCCCCAGGAAGCUGGGGCUGCUGCAAAAGAGUACCUCGACAAGCAUCGGCUGCAGCAAAAGAUCCAAGACAUGAUACAGGA